AUGGUACGAUUUAAACCGUCGAAGACAAAGUACAAUGUAAAAAAAUAUCAUAGAAAAAUGGGAACUAAUCCAAACGAUUUAAAUCAUCGACAAAUACAUCCACACGAUGAUGUUAAGUAUAGUAAUGGAGUCGGUACUAAAGUAACAAUUGAAGCAAGUCCAACUGAAGCUUCGUCUAGUGUUAAAAUGAAGGAUCUUUUCGCAAAAAAAGAUGACAGCGAAAAGAAAGACAAAACGCCGGUGCCGAUGGUCGGCUUCUUGAGUCUGUUUCGUUUCGCCACUGGAGCUGAUUUUUUGUACAUGCUAAUCGGUACUGUUGCCGCUUUGGUUCACGGGGCUGCAUUUCCACUAAUGUUACUUAUCUUCGGACAAGUUACCGAUAUUUUUACCCAACGGCCACUCAAUGUAUGCGACCUUGAUUUUUCAAUAUUUAACGGCCGUUGUCCACCUGGAGUGACGUUGACUACAGAGAAUAUUUAUACGGAAAUUGCAAAGUGUAAUCUGACGGGUUUAAAUAUCACUCUACCGGAUGUCGAUUUCCUUGGAAAUAUUCGUCAGCAGUCAUUGUGGCUUACGAUUAUGGGAUGCGGCACUAUAGUAGUCGGAUACUUUCAAGUUGCCUUUUGGUCGAUUGCUUGUGAACGGCAAACACGUCGUCUCCGCGAAAUACUAUUUCGAUCAAUACUUCAUAAAGAAAUUGCGUAUUUUGAUACUUAUAAAACCGGUGAACUUAGUACAAGAUUGAGUGAUGAUGUUAAUAAGGUUCAUGAUGGCAUUGGCGAUAAAGUCGGUUCGGCAUUGCAAUUUUUCGCUGGCUUCAUUGCCGGCCUUGUUCUUGGACUAGUCAAAGGAUGGAAAUUGACACUGGUGAUACUCUCUGUUAGUCCCGUGCUUUUUAUUAGCGCAAUGAUCAUAACGAAACUGACUGCAACAAUGACUUCUCAAGAGUUGAAAGCUUAUGCAAAAGCCGGCGCUGUUGCCGAAGAAGUACUCAGUAGUAUUCGAACAGUGUUUUCUUAUAAUGGUACAGGUUAUGAAGUGAAAAGAUACGAACAACAUCUAAGAGCCGCUAAGAUUCGUGGUAUUAGAAAAGGAGUCUUCAAUGGAGCUUUGAUGGGUACUAUCUUCUGUUUAAUGUUUUGUACUUACGCUUUGGGUUUCUGGUAUGGAGCCAAACUUGUUCGUGAAGAGAAUUAUUCGAUCGGUGGAAUUCUUAUUGUCUUUUUCUCAAUUAUCACAGCCGUUUUUAGUCUUGGUCAAGCUGCUCCUCAUCUACAAUCCUUAGCACAAGCUCGUGGUGCAGCUUUCGCAUUAUGGAAUAUAAUUGAUACACCAUCAGCAAUAAGUAUAGAUGAUCCCAAUGGUAUUAAAAAGGAAGAUUUCGUUGGCGAAAUCAAAUUUUCUAAUGUCAAUUUUGUUUAUCCAUCUCGACCGGACGUUACCGUACACAAUAAUCUUAGUUUCACUGCUAAAUCAGGUCAAACAACAGCACUUGUAGGCACAUCCGGUUGUGGAAAAAGUACCUGCAUGCAAUUGUUACAGAGAUUUUAUGAUACAGUUAGCGGUACAGUUGAAAUCGAUGGAAUUCCAGUGAAUCAAUAUAAUCUGACUUGGCUUCGGCAACAUAUUGGCAUUGUAUCACAAGAACCUAUCUUGUUUCAAGUCAGUAUCAGCGAAAAUAUACGUUUUGGACGUAUGGAUGCGACACCCGAAGAAAUUGAAAAGGCAGCUAAAAUGGCUAAUGCGCAUGACUUUAUCAUGGAACUGCCAAAGAAAUACGACACGCUCGUCGGUGAACGUGGCGCACAAUUGAGUGGAGGACAAAAACAACGCGUUGCUAUUGCGCGUGCACUCGUUCGAAAUCCGCGUAUUCUUCUGUUGGAUGAAGCAACUAGCGCUCUCGAUACCGAAAGUGAACGUAUUGUACAAGAAGCGCUUGAUCGUGCUUCAAAAGGACGUACAACCGUUGUCAUUGCCCAUCGUUUAUCAACUAUUAAAAAUGCGUCAAAGAUAGUUGUUCUCGACAAAGGAGCCGUUAUCGAAGAAGGAAAUCAUGAAACAUUAAUAGAAACUAAAGGUGUUUAUCAUGGUCUUGUUGAAGCACAAAAUUUACGUGUUAAGGGAGAAGAUGAAGACGAAACGGAAGCAAUUCCCGUUUACAAUCGAGCUAGAUCGAUGAGCAACUCAGAUCAAUUUCAGAAACAAUUAUCCGUAGAAAACAAAGACUCAAAGGAAACAGCUACCGAUGCAGAAGAGAAAAUUGAGAUGGCCACAUCCUUACUUGGACGGAAGGAAAACGACGAACCUGUCAUAUCUUAUUCUGGACCUUCACCAUUCUUCUCUAUGCUCAAAAUGAACAAACCAGAGUUAAUAUACAUCAUAUUUGGUUGUGUCGCAUGUAUUUGUAAUGGAGGUGAGUUGAGAAAAGUUGUCUGGUACGAAAAUCAAAUCUGUCCAUGUUCAGGUGUUCAACCAGCAUUCGGUGUCAUUUUAAGCAAAGUUAUAGCAGUCUUUCAAGUGUGUGAUCCAAAGGAACAGGAAAGAAGGGUAUUGACGUAUAUUCUCCUAUUUAUUGGUCUUGGCUUUCUGAUGCUGAUUACAAUGUUUUUACAAAGUUUUCUCUUCGCAACAUCAGGUGAAGAAUUGACACAGCGUCUUCGUUCAAAGAUUUUCCGUGCUUUACUGCGGCAAGAGGUUGCUUACUUUGAUCAAACAGAAAAUAGCACAGGUGCACUGUGUACCCGUCUUGCUACUGAAGCAUCCGAUGUUCAAGGGGCAACUGGUAUCCGUAUUGGUACUAUGUUACAAAAUUUCUCAAAUCUCGGUGUUGGAAUUAUUCUAGCAUUCGUUUACGGUUGGUCAUUGACUUUGAUUAUGCUAGCUUUCGUUCCAUUUAUGAUUAUUGCUGGCUUUUUACAAACAUAUCUCAUGACUGGUUUUGCGAAUAAGGAUAAAAAAGCGUUAGAAACCGCCGGCAAGAUUGCUGUUGAAGCUAUUGCGAACAUUCGAACAGUCGUACAAUUGACAAAAGAACAACACUUUGACGAUGAAUAUUGUCGAUUACUUGAUGUACCCUUUCGAAAUAGUUUGAAACGAGCACAUGUCUUUGGAAUUGUAUUCAGUUUCACCGAUGCGAUUAUGUUCUUCGCACAAGCAGCACUGUUCACUUUUGGUGCUUGGCAAGUCGAACGAGGAGCAAUGACUUUUGAAAACAUUAUGCUCGUUAUGAAUUGUAUACUUUUUGGUGCAAUGGCAGUUGGUCAAACAGCAUCAAUGUCACCGGAUUAUUCCAAAGCCAUCGCAUCGUCGAAGAGAAUCCUAAUUUUACUUCGUCGUGAACCAUCCAUUGAUAAUUCUUCGACUGCAGGAGAAACCAUUAAUAACUUUCAAGGUCGAAUCAACUUAAAGAAUAUCAAAUUUUGUUAUCCCAAUCGUACAGAAGUACAAGUACUGAAAGAUUUUCAAUUGAGCAUUGAACCAAAUAAACAGAUUGCACUUGUUGGCUCUUCUGGCUGUGGAAAAAGUACUAUCAUUCAAUUGCUUGAACAUUUCUAUGAUCCAACACAUGGACAAAUCUUGAUCGAUGAAAAGAAUAUUUCAUCUUUGAAUCUUCAAUGGUGGCGAAGUCAACUUGGUCUUGUUAGUCAAGAACCAAUUUUAUUUGAUGCAUCGAUUCAAGAGAAUAUUGCUUACGGUGAUACAUCGCGAACUAUUCCAAUAGAAGAAAUUCAAGAAGCAGCUAAAAAGGCGAAUAUCAGUCGGUUUAUUGAGAGUUUACCCGAACAAUACCAGACAAAUGUUGGCUCCAAAGGUACACAAUUGUCCGGCGGAGAAAAACAACGAAUCGCAAUCGCGCGAGCGUUGAUUCGUAAUCCAAAGAUUCUACUACUCGACGAAGCAACUAGUGCUCUCGACACAGAAAGUGAACGUGUUGUUCAAGAAGCACUUGAUCGCGCAUCACAGGGACGUACAACAAUUGUCAUUGCUCAUCGUUUAUCAACUAUACAAAACUCUGAUCUUAUUUGUGUGCUUCACCGUGGUCAAAUCGUGGAAUCGGGUCAACAUGACGACUUAUUGGCGCGUAAAGGACACUAUUAUCGUUUGGCACAGUCCAAGAAAUGA